UGGACACUGUGCUGUGUUCAGUUCAGAGUUUCGCGUAGGACAUGAAUGAGGCUGUGAUUUUUUAAAACCGUGUAAUGCAACGUGCUUUACAGGACUGGCAUAAACGGCAACAUCGGCCCUUCUUUAAUUAAUUGUAGCUCUGUGUGAACGCCGUCUUCAUGCGUUUUUUUAUAUAACGAAUAAUUGUUUGUUUACUCACUUAGAAGAGGACAGUCACUUAGCUAACAAAUCUAGGGAAUAAAUAGAAUCUGAUUGCUUUGUGGUUUAUACAUUUUUAAUGCACGAUACCUUUUUCCCCUUUCUUUUGUUUGAUAAUGAACUGUGAUUAAAUCAUCGUUGCAAUGAAUGCAUUAAUCCAUUUGUCAACUAUAAUCCCUUUGUUGUGAACUCUUGACACGCUGGAAAUGCCCAUGUAAGAUUUUUUGUGGUCAUAGUUUCCUGUUAUUUUACAAAAGUUGCUGUUAUGACAAAUACAUGACCAUUCAUACCCUGGAUUUGAAGACUAUAUCGUGGUCAUCAAGUAGCACAAGGAACUGCAGACAUUAACCACAAUUUGGCUUAUUAAAUUGGUUAACUUCACAACAACGUUGCUUCACAAAUCAUACGGGUUUAUUCUUACCGUCUUUUUCCUCAUUAGUGUAUGAUUCUAUUGGAAACUUUUAUUUUCAACAGGGGAACGACGGGUAUCGAUAUUAAAUUUAUCGCAAUGAUUUAAUACGCUCACUAGACAAAACAAAAACAAACUGCCCUUCAUUUUUCGCAUAGUCAUCAUGAGGCCUCAUAGCGGAACCUUUAACCAAUAGCCCCGGUUUCACUCGAAGAGCACUUUUGCUGACGGAACCGAAUCUGACAGAUUGUAAACAGAAUCAGCGCUGACCUACCUGUGAUGACAUCACCAGCCCCCCGGGGGGGCACCGUCAUGGCCGCCUUACUCCACCCUGAAUGCCGCUCUUGACAGCAGCUGCUAGGCUAGCCCUUUGCACCCCCCCCCCCCCCACCCUGCCCCCCCGGUACACCGAUAGGGGUUUGACAGUGGGUACGGCUGGCACUCUGGGGGCACAGCGCCAUAUUUGAACUUGGAUGCCACCAGAGGCCCCAGAACGAGACACCUCGCCAAACCCCGACACAGGCCGCCAUCGCUUCCAGAACGCCUCGCUAGCCAGUUGGCGGACGGGAUUUCAAACACACUGAGGCAUCUCUCAUUAGCUCUUGGCGUGGAAUCGCCAAAACAAACAGACUCUUUCCUUGGGCGGGGGGGGGGGCCGUCUGUCCUGGGAACUUCCCCAGCCGUCUCUGUGGAAACGCGUGUGGCGGACUCUCCCUCAGGCUCACAGGGACCGCUGGGCCUAUAACCGCCACCCCGCCAAACCGCGAAACCCGCCAUCCCGCCACCGUGGCCCUGGAAACCAUGGAGGGGCUGGAGGUGGAGGACGUGAGCCCCGCCCUGGAGGUGACGGAGGACUUCCUGCACUGCCUGGAGGGCGGGGCGUCGGAGAAGCUGCAGGACGCGACGGCGGUGGGCCGGCUGAGCUCCAGCGGGGUGUGGGGGCUCCUGGCCGCCGAGCAGCUGGAGGUGUCCCCCCGAAACCUGGCCUGGGCCGACCAGCCCCCCUCCUUCGGCCUGUUCGGGGGCCGGCAGGGCAAGCGCAGCCGCGCGCGCUCCACCAACGACCUGGCGGCCCACGCCAAGGACGCCGCCGUCGCCGCCGCCACCGCCGCCUCGUCCUCCUCCAACGCCGCCUUCAAGCGCGGGCACAACCGCUCGCGCUCCGACGCCAACUACCGGUCCUGCACCGACAACGGCGUGCCGACCGUGGACAAGAACGCGCUGAAGAACAUGAUCCUCAACGGCAAAGGAGACGGGGAUAAGGUGAGCAGCCCCAGCCUGGUGAAGCAGGGGGAGCUGGAGCAGAGGGAGGGGACGUCGGGUCGCUGGACGUCCUGCCACGUGGAGCUGACUCCCUGCGAGCUGCGCCUCUACAGCCUGGACAGCAGCGGGAACCGCCACCUGUGCACGGCCUACUCGCUGUCCCACUGCCAGGGCGUGGCCGCGCCCCUGCCCCAGGACGCCCGCGUGCUGCAGGCGCUCUUCUUCAACAGCACCCGGCUGCAGCUGCGGGCCUCCUGCCAGUGGGAGGCGCUGGACUGGCGCCGCACCCUGUGGGAGCGCGUGCUCGCCGCCCGCCCCGCCCGCCAGAGGGGCGAGGAGCCGACCCAGCAGCCCCAGGCCGCCGACCCCGCCCCCUGCCCCGCCCCCCGGCCCGCGCCGCCGCCCCUGACCCGGCCCACCGCCCUGCCCCUGUUCACCCAGCGCUGCCGCGAGGUGCUGAAGGCGGGGCUCCUGCACCAGCUGACCGACCUCAACAACUGGCGGGCGUUCACCUUCGUGCUGACCGCCACGCGGCUCCAGGCCUUCGCCACCGAGGGGCGGGGCCCCGUGACGGAGCCCGUGCUGCGCUACGCGCUGGCGUCCUGCCUGGCGGUGCAGCGGGACGGGGAGGGGGAGGAGGAGGGGGGCGGGGGCGGGGCCCAGUGCCGGCUGCAGGUGGUGUUCCCCAGCGAGGUGCUCCGCCUGCGGGCGGAGAGCGAGCGGGAGGCGCGGGAUUGGGCGGAGGCCCUGCAGGCGGCCGCGGCGGCCCAGCGGGCCCGGGACGGCGGCGACGGCGGCGGCCCCGUCGCCGUGGUGAUGCGGAGCCGGCCCGCCCGCGAACGCCGCCAGCGAGACGCCCAGCGCGCCAAGCGCCAGUCCGUCACCACCAGCUUCCUGGGCAUCCUCACACACCUGGCCGUGGAGAAGGGCCUGACCACGCAGAGCUUCCGCUGUGCAGGGUGUCAGCGGCCAGUGGGGCUGUCCCGGGGCAAAGCCAAAGUGUGUCGCUACAGCGGCUGGUACUACUGCCACAGCUGCCAUGACGACGACCUCUUCCUCAUCCCCGCCCGUCUGGUGCACAACUGGGACACCACCCGACACAAGGUGUCCAAGCAGGCGAAGGAGUUCCUGGAGUUUGUGUACGAGGAGCCCCUGCUGGACGUGCAGCAGCUGAACCCCAGCCUGUACCAGCACUGCGAGGCUCUGGCCACCGUGCUCCGCCUGCGCCAGAGGCUGCAGUCCCUGCGCGCGUACCUGUUCAGCUGCCGCGCCGCCGUGGCCGAGGACCUGAGGCGCAGGAUCUUCCCCCGAGAGUACCUCCUGCAGCACAUCCACCUGUACUCGCUGGCCGACCUGCAGCAGGUGAUCGAAGGGAAGCUGGCCCCCUUCCUCUCCAAGGUGAUUAAAUUUGCCAGCUCGCACGUGUACAGCUGCAGCCUGUGCAGCGAGAAGGGCUUCAUCUGCGAGCUCUGCCACAACGGCCAGGUCAUCUACCCCUUCCAGGAGAGCGCCACCAAGAGGUGCGAGGGCUGCGGGGCGGUGUUCCAUGCGGAGUGCCGGAUGCGGGCGCAGCCCUGUCCCCGCUGCGUGCGCCGGGAGCUGCACCAGAAGCCCGCCUCCUUCUGGAGGAGCCUGGAGCAGGGAGACAGCCCGGCCGACGACUCCUUCUGCUCCUUCCAGCUCCCCUACCAGGACACCUGAGGCCCGGGCGGGGCGUCCCCACAAGCAGGGUCCUCACUCUGGCGCCCGGACAUUAAGAUAAAACAGCCUUGAUCAAUGAGAGAGAGAGAGAGAAAGAGUGUGUGUGUGUGUGUGUGUGUGUUUGGGCGGGUUGGGGGGGGGGUUAUACACUUCAUCCAGCUCUAGAUGACUCUGUGGGAUGAGGAUGAGGAGCUUUGUCCUGUAAACCUGUCUGACUGCAAAGCCGCCUCACCUGAGGGAGAGGGAGAGAGAGAGGAGGAGAGAGAGAGAGAGAGAGAGACACUUCCCAGCUCUCCACCCUGAAGAAGCAGCGCUCUAUAAUGAGUCCAAAUUAUCCUCCCCUUUCAUCUAGAAAAUUACCGUCGGGUCCUGCGACAUCACUCUCGCGCGCGGAACUCACACACACACACACACACCCGACACAUGCACACACACACACAAGCACACACACACACACACACGCACACACACACACACGCACACACACACACGCACGCACACACACACACACACACACACACACACACACACACACACACACACACACACACACACACACACACACACACACACACACACACACACACACACGCGCGCCUCAGAUGAAAGGGAAGGGGGUCCGCGCUCCGCGAGGCUGAGCCGCGGCGGAAUAAUAGCGGGCGCUGCGGGGGCGGAGAUCUAAGAUGGCCGCCCUGUGUGGCUGCAUCAGCUCGAGCCGCUCGUGUUCUGCCUCCCUCACCCUACGUCUGUCGCUCGAGCGCUCCGGAUGUUGUCCCUCAUACACACACACACACCUUCAUACACACAUACACACACAUGGUGUCAGUCCGGCGAAACGGAACCAGACUCUGCUGUUUUUGAUGUUGACCACGCCCAGGCUGAGGUCGGCACGGCGGACGUGACGUUCCCCCCCCCAGCGGGACGUGCUCUGACGCCUUCUUGUUGUGGAGACAGUCAGGUGGACGCGGCCUGCAGUCUGUUUACAGGCCUGGUGUUUCUCUGGUCUGGUUAACCUUCUCCCCCCCCCCCCCCACCUUUCUGCUCACCCUUUGCGGCUCGUGACCCUGACAGAUGUGCCUGUCAGAUUUGUCUGGCGUUGGUGUAAUUUCGGGUUUAGUGUAGUGCCCCCAGGGGUGUUCCUCCUCACCAAAUUAUUUGGCCCAGCAGAGGGAGUCCAUGGAAGGGACACGGGUACACUGCGUCCGAGAUGGCUGUGGGAAUUCCGUCACUUAGCCCCCUGCCUCCGCCCCCUUACACACACACACACACACACACACACACA